AUGCGCGCAACUACAGUAUCUGCGAUUCUCUCUUUCGUGGCGAGCUUGGCUCUCGCCAGUCCGCUGGGCGACUCUUCGGCGCUCAUGAGCCGCGCUACAACCUUCAACAACCCAAUCCUGUGGGAAGACUAUCCCGACCUCGAUGUUUUCCGCGUUGGCGAUGUGUUUUACUAUUCCUCUUCGUCAUUUGCCUUUUCCCCGGGUGCUCCUGUGCUGAAGUCAUACGAUCUCGUCAACUGGACGCCUGUUACCCACAGCGUACCCACGCUGAACUUUGGCUCGCAAUACAACCUUGAGAGCUCAACCAGCCGCGCCUACGUCAAAGGCAUUUGGGCCAGCUCUCUCCGAUACCGAAACUCGACUGACAAGUUCAUGUGGGUCGGUUGUGUCCAAUCGACAGGCAACACUUACCUUUGGACGUCGGAUGGCCAAGGCGCCGGCAAGAACAACGGUGAAGUAUCAAGCUGGAACUGGCAAUCUGGAGGCACAAUUUCCGGCGCGUCGUGCUACUACGACAACGGCAUCUUUAUCGACGACGACGAUACCAUUUACGUUGCGUACGGCAACACCAAUAUCCAAGUGGCCCAACUCAACAAGGAUGGUACGGCCCAAGUUCGCAGCCAGCAAGUGUACAAGGACCCCAAUGGCCUUUACAUUGAGGGCUCGCGCAUGUACAAGGUCAAUGGAAACUACUACAUCUUUGUCACGCGGCCAGCAAGCGCGGAGUGGGUGCUCAAGUCCAAGAGUCCCUGGGGCCCCUACGAGGCAAAAAUCCUGGUCAACAGCAUCUCGGGACCUCUUUCCAACGCCGGAUUCAGUCACCAGGGCGGCAUAGUUGAUACCAAGGAUGGAAAAUUCUACUACGUUGCAUUCAUGGACUCGUAUCCUGGUGGACGUAUCCCCGUGGCAGCACCCCUCACGUGGAGUGCGGACGGGUGGCCAUCGGUAGUCAAGGACUCGAACGGUGCGUGGGGAAAAUCAUACCCGAUGCCCGUCCAGACGAGCAAGACGGUGCCCCCGCCUACUGGCAUCGACUCGUUCACUGGCUCUGCCUUGGGCGCGGCCUGGGAAUGGAACCACAACCCCGACAACACCAAGUGGAGCCUCCUGGGCGGCAGCGGUGGACUCAAGCUAUCGACGGCAACCGUCACCAGCGACUUGUACAGCGCACGCAACACGCUAACCCACCGGAUUCUCGGGCCCAAGUCCUCUGGAACCUUCCGUCUGGACAUCAGCAAGAUGGCCAACGGCGACCGUGCUGGAGCAGUGCUCUUCCGCGACACGGCAGCGUACAUUGGCGUCCACAAGACGGCAUCUGGCAGCCAGCUAGUCAUGGUCAACGGGCUGGCGCUCAACACGGACUGGACGACAAAGUCUACCGGCACGGUAGCCGCCACGGGCCCUUCACUUGGCUCCAGCGUGACGGAUCUCUGGCUGCAAAUCCGAGCAGACAUCACGCCUGCGUUUGGCACAAACACUGCCAGGCAAAACACCUUCUGGUACAGCACCGACGGCAAGACCUUCAUCCAGCUGGGCCCCGCCUUUGGCAUGGCAAACACAUGGCAGUUCUUCACUGGAUACCGCUUUGGUGCCUUCAACUUUGCUACCUCGCAGCUCGGUGGCUCCGUGACGGUCAAGAGCUUCGACAUGCAGCUCAUCUAA